UGUGGUAAGGUUGUCAUUUCGUCUAUCUGAUAACGUGAUAGAUGAAUGGAAAAUAAUUAACACCGUAGCAGCGAAGUUUAUGUGUUCAGUGACUCCGAAUAUAUUCGUCGCGUGUGUUAAAAACAAGCGUAAACCUCAAUACCGUCGUCGUUCGAACCGCCAUGAUCAAUGUGGGAAACAAAGAUGGCGGAAUAAUACCGUGAUCAUAACCAAACGCGUCGUUGUUUUGUGGCGUCGUGCGUUAUGUACCGGGGUGGGCGCGGGCCGCAGCCGUGUCGGGGCGCGUGAGCGCGGGCGCGGGCGAUGGGCGCGCCGGGCUGAUGCCGCCGGCGGGCCGCGCGGCUAUGGCGGCCGAGGAAGCACGCCCGUCGCUGUCUCUGUUCACCGCCGUCUUCGAAUACCAAGCGCAGGGCGGGGACGAGCUGACCCUCCGCCGCGGCGAGAUCGUCGAGGUCUUGUCCAAAGACCCGAACAUCUCUGGGGACGACGGGUGGUGGACGGGAAAGAUAGGAGACCGAAUAGGCAUCUUCCCAGCUCAGUAUGUGACAGAGGAGGAUCCCCUGGCGGUGACUAGUGUCAUAGGGGACGUGGAUCCGCCGCAGGUGUCGUUCUCGGAGCUGAAAUUGGAAGAAGUGAUAGGGGUGGGCGGUUUCGGGAAGGUGUAUCGAGGCUAUUGGAACGAUGAAGUGGUCGCGGUUAAAGCGGCGCGCCAGGACGCGAACGAAGACAUUGAGGUUAUUAAGGAGAGUGUGCUGCAGGAGGCGAAGCUCUUCUGGAUGUUGCAGCACGAGAAUAUAGUGUCGUUGCAGGGCGUGUGUUUGGAGGAGCCCAACUUGUGUUUAGUGAUGGAGUACGCGCGCGGGGGCUCGCUGAACCGAGUGUUGUCCGGCAGGAAGAUCAGGCCCAGCAUCCUGGUGGACUGGGCCAUCCAGGUGGCCCGAGGGAUGGCGUACCUGCAUGUGGAUGCGCCUAUAUCACUUAUACAUCGGGAUCUGAAAAGCUCAAAUGUUCUCCUGAGCGAAGCAAUCCUUCCCGACGACAACCUAGAAGAUAAAACGCUCAAAAUUACGGACUUCGGGUUGGCACGAGAGGUGUACAAGACCACCAGAAUGUCUGCCGCGGGGACCUACGCUUGGAUGCCUCCAGAGGUGAUAAAGAACUCCACCUUCUCCCACGCGUCCGACGUGUGGUCCUACGGCGUGCUGCUCUGGGAACUGCUAACAGGAGAGACGCCGUAUAAGGGCAUCGACGCUCUGGCCGUGGCGUACGGCGUCGCCGUCAACAAGCUGACGCUGCCCAUCCCCAGCACCUGUCCCGAGCCGUGGCGGAAGCUGAUGCAAGCAUGCUGGGAUUCAAGCCCGCGGUCGCGGCCGCUCUUUCCCGAAAUCCUGAUUCAACUAGAACACAUCAGACAAUCAGAGUUCACGAGAGCACCCCACGAAUCCUUCCACACAAUGCAGGAGGACUGGCGAGUGGAAAUCGAAGAGGUUCUGCGGGAACUAAGGAGAAAAGAGAAGGAACUCCGAUGUCGCGAAGAAGAGCUUUCCCGAGCACAACUCCAGCAGCGACUCAUCGAGCAGAACCUAGCACAGAAGGAGAGAGAACUAGAAAUGAGAGAGUUUGAUCUCGCGGCAAGAGAACUGCACAUACUCAUAGUUGCCAGCAAUAUGUCGCACACACAGCCGCCACAGCCUAAUAAGAGAAAAGGCAAAUUCAGCAAGAUCAAACUCCUCAAGAAAGACACGAUCUCCUCUCCAGUGGACUUUCGUCACACGCUCACAGUGAGACCUUCAGAGGACGAAUCCAGCGUCAAACAGUUAGUCGCCGUCGCCAAGGAUACUCCACCGGGAUCACCCGCCAUCAUGCGAGCUAUCGCACUGCCGGCGGACGGCGUGAAGGGCAAGACGUGGGGCCCGUCGUCGGUGCACCAGAAGUCGCGCACGCACCUGCCGCUGCCGGCGCUGGCGCGGCCGCGCGCGUCGCCGCGCUUCUCGUCCUCCGCGCCCGAGCUGCCGCCGCGCGAGCGCGCGCGAGCCCCAGGUUGUUUUGUUCCUUACGCAGACUUCAGUCCCGAGGAUUGGGGCCCAGAGUACCCGCUCAGUUCGUCGUCCCGGUACACGAUACCUAUGCCCACGCUUUAUAGCACAGAAGGUUACAAGUUCAAGAAGCCAUCGAUAAUAGAGCUGGUUCUCUACAACAUGGCGGCACUUUUGGGCGGUGUAGCCGCCGGUUACGACGUGCGAGUCAGCAACGUCAGUCCGCUACACCCCACUUUACAGCCACACAGGCCAGACUUAGAACCGGAGCCACUGAACACAGCGUACGAAGGUUUCGGGUUCGCGCACAACACGUACCACGGGCCGACGCGGCAUCUACGCGCGCCGUUGAAUGCCAUUACGGGGUCGCCGAUGAGCAGCCUGCAAGCGGAGGAGCAGAAGCCGAUCCGCUUCACGGACUCCCCGUGCCACAACCCGCACCCCUCCUACUCCUCCUACACGCACUCCGCGCAACCCCUCUCCGGCACCUCCGGCCGCGGCACCGCGCCCUCCACCCUCCCCCCCACUCCUUCCCCCAGGAGAACCUCCUCCGCCACCUCCGACCAUCUCGCAGACCUCUACCACAACUACAGGGAGAACUUCCAACCCACGCAAGAGAGGGACUUCUACUACAGAGAACCGUACGGUCUAGACCGAACUACCGAGUACGUCGUCAAACACCCCUUCUUCCCCUACGACGAAACCUACGAGUAUAAAGAACCCGCGCCCGACUACCGCCCGCAGUUCUCGACCCACAGACGAACGCCGUCGAAUUCUUCGGCUACGAAUUCCCAUGCGGAGGAAUUCUCCCCCUCGAGGCAAUACGGUGGAAAGUAUAGCAAGAGCGAGUAUCGGACACCUAUUACGGAGUACCCGAGAAAGUCUUCGGAUUAUUCUCUCCCUCGAGACUUCUACAGGCAGGAGGAGGUCGAGCGCCCGGCGAAUUUAGGCUUGGAACUCGCCCCGACAAAAUUACGUUCGAGUCUAAAGAAGUACAAUAAGAAAUCGAGCGCCUCCGGCGGAAGCUCCGGGGGUGGCACCCCCACCAACCCGACCCCCCCGGACAGUCUGACCAGCGAGACGGACAGCUCCUACGUGUCGGCCCGGGACGCCUCCACCGGCUCGGUGUCCAGAGUCCGCUUCAGUCCGGAAACAUUGUCCGGGGGCGGCGAGAGGCGGCCGUCGAAACACUCGUAGCGAAGGCUCAAGAAGUUCGACGACUACCUGGUCUGACUGUACACGAGUGUGUGACGGACUCUCCGUUGACAUAGGCAAAAUUUAGCAGAUUAUACAGUUUGAAAGUGUGCAAAUAUAGAUGACGCUGCAGGUCUGCCGUUCAUUUGAAAGUAAUUCAUAUUUGACAAAUUCACUAAAUAUCAACUGUGUAUGUGUCGACUAUACAUAUUUUGUCUAUGUUAGUUAUCACCCUGGCCACAGUGAAUCUUGUCAUAGAGUUCACUAUUAGGUCAGUCUGUGGUAACUGAGAAUCGGCCGUUAUUAUACCUCGUGUGACUCUGUACAUAGGCGGUAGCGUGGAACGCUUGCUUUUUAGCAAAUUGGUUGUCGCGACAGAAUGCCACUGAAAAGCUGUUUCCAAACCAAAUCUUGGUUUCGUAGUCUUAUUUUUACGGACGUAAAUAUUUGCAAGUUUUGCAACGGUUGUGAAGGAAGUCGUGUAGACGUAUUGUUUACCGAUUAAAGUUCGGUGUACAUUUUGAUAUUUAAUAAUGGAUAAUGGUCAAUCCCACAAAAAGUCUACUAUCACUCAAGUACCUCGGGAGUUUUAUAAUUAAAACAUAGCAAGAAAAGAACGAAAAAUAAAUAACGAUUUAUUAUUAUUUUUCUUUAUUUGAACUUGCUUUUCAGUGGCGCCAUCUUCCGCGACUCAAGUACGAGUGUAUACUCAAUUUAAUCCAUAAGAGGUCGUAAUUUGAAUAAGUUGCUUGGCGUUUGAGAAUGGUGUUACACCUACUUACUUGUGACGUCACGUUUUAAGUAAUAUUUAACUUAAGUGGGCGUAUGGAUUCGUGUAUAGAUGUCGCUAUGUAAUCUAGAAAAGUACAGGAUCCGUUUGUAUGUCAAGUUUUUACGCAGCACAUUGUCUAUUGCCUAUACGGGUGUAAUAAAAUGCAGACUACAAUUUACCAAAUGAAUUAUUUAUCUGGCGUGUCGACAAUUAGUGCCAUCAAAAUCGUCAAGACAUAAACUUCAUUAUUUAGCGUAUGUUGCUAGUACCUAAACAUGGAAAGCGUAGCGACAUCUACAAUUUAAUAUCGACCUCUGCGAUUUGUCUCAGCUGAAUACCACUGAUCUUUGUGCUAAAAUUGUUUUUCAAAAAUAUUUAUUUGUCUCGGUAUAUGUAACUCACAGAUCUAACUUAAUCUUUUGUGUUACGUAGAAUGAGAUUUUUCUGUAAUAUAAAAGUAUAACAAUAAGAAUCAAGUAUUGAGUAAAUAUAAAAUAAGUUAUCAGAUAAUUUUAAAUUACAAUAAAUAUGAUUUAAACAGUGAUUCAUGUUAGGUUCAAUUUUAGAAUAAAAAUCAGUGGUCAGCUCACAGCCUUGUAUAAAUGCGAUUGUGUUCAUUAAUUAGUAACGUGUAGAACUGUACAUUUGUAUAAAACGUGUAUGCGUGUGUGCGUGACAGUGCCUGUUACCCACUGAAGUAAUAACUCCACACUCGAUUCGUGACAAAAUUAUAGUCGAAAUGAGACUACGGUUUUGCAUUUCUCGCUAUUGUUUUAGGUGGCGUUACUUUGGUUGUAUCUUAUUGCAAUUUAUUUCCACCAGUUUCAAUAGAUGGCGUUAGAAGUACAGUACAGGAUAAGGAGACUAUUUAUACCCAAUGUGAGGCCAUAUAAAACAAAGUACCUUUUUAUAUUGGAGUGAGUAAUAUUACAUAUGCUUAGAUAAGCAGUUUUUAUUAUUGACGAUAAGGACAACUCACAAUAGUACAUGUACUUUGUGGGAAAAACAACCUGUGAAGUUUCGUUUGGAAAGGUUCAUGAUGAAAUGAAAAAAAUAACAUUUUCUAGUAAACAGCAACGAAUUAUGUUGAUCAUAAUUAGUUUAUUCACAAUAUUUAUUGGAUUAAUUUAAACAAACAUCUUAACUCUUAAAAUUUGACAUAACAUUAAAUUAUUCAUGUAGAGAGAUGUUUUAUACCCAGUGAUAACUAGAGGAACAAAAAGGCACAAAUAACAAAAAUGUACAAAAUGUAAAUAUUUCCUAAAGCUGAAGCUUUCCCGGCAUUUAUUUUAAUUUGUUGCGGUGCUAGCGCACCAUUAUUUUGUUAUUUUUAAUAAAUUAUAAAUAGUACAAAUGUAUUUUUAAGUACCAUACGAACGAAUUGAGCAGAAAUUAUUUACUUUCCACAUUAUGGUAACUAACAAUUAUGUAGUACAUAAUAUGUACGUCGAACAGUGUAUGGAUUUUGUACAAAUCGAAUGUUAGAUUAUUUUUUACUAAAAUAUCAGUAAAUAUAGGUGUAGUGAAACCAGUUUUGUAUCCCACGAUAAUUAAUUAGGUAAAAAAACUAGUCGAAGUUUUGCAAAAUAUAAUGUACCCAAAUGCAUAUCCCGCGGUUGAUAUUAUAUUCGAUAUUAUGCUUUCUGUACUCAGGAACACUGGUUUUCUUACAGCAACUGUAUUUGUAUAGUGAAUAGGUAUGUAUUCGAAUUUUCGACUUCGAAGGCCUAUGGAGCAAGUUUUUGAAAAUUAGACACGUUAUCGUCACCACUAAAUCUAGGUAUUGUAAUGUACUUGAAUCAAAUUUUACAUGUAACUUAGCUUUGAUAUUUUAGCGAAACCAGUGCCUAACGUUUGGAUCGUUAUGGAGAUUAGCAGGUUGUAGGUCUUUCCUCACUCCACUUUGUUCCCUGGCCGCGGCCAGCAAAGAAUGUUGUGAUUAUUUUUUCGUUCUCAUGUUUAUUUCUUGUGCAAUAAUUGAAAUUGUUUUGCGUCCAUUUUAUUUUUUAUUAUACUUUUAAUUUGUUAUUUAUGAAACGGAAAUCGUGAAUGUAGCAGUAUUUCAGCAGUAUUCGAGAUUCAUUACCAGUAUAUUUUGUAUAAAUAUUGGAAUUUUUAUAUGGAUAUGUAUGUUGUAGUAUAUUGUAUGAUUUGUUGACACACCAGUGCCAACCUGAGGUUCAGUGCUCCGUUUCCAAACUUGUUUUUAGUGCAAGCCAAAUCCUAACCAAAUUAUUAUAAGAAUCUCUUUAUAAUAAGUUUCAAAUACUGGAGUCACAAAUUAUUUUCAAGUGAAAUGAAUUUAUUAACAGUUUUUUUAACACUGUAAAUAUAUAUGUUUAAUUAAUUAUAUUGUAUGUAUUGACUCAUGGCACGAUUACUUAAAAUACUCUAGUCUUGAAAAAUAUUUAAUUUUAAUACCUGGCUUGUAUGUAUUGGAGGUACGAACGGUGUAGGCAUACUUCGGGCAUUCCAUAUUUCUGUGAAAAUGACAUUCCAUAUAAAUUAACGGAAGUGAUAUUGUGCUCAGAUGCAGUCAUUAGUCGACGGAUGUGAGAUGGUUCUUUGUGCCAAUAACAAGAAGGAAAAUGCCUUAAGUACGUUGAAAUAAAUUGACAAAUAAAACUAGAUUAAGCUUUU